UACAAAUUACAAUUUUCAUGGAAACAGAGAUUUGUCAUCCCAUUCACAGAAAACCCUAGAUAAAGACACCCACUUUUAAUAGUGACAGUAUUUUUUUCUACAAUCAUUUUUUUUUUUUUGGAUUCUUGAUACCAUUUCUAUUCUUUUCCCCUAAAAUAAAUAUUAAUUCUGGGUGUAGAAUAUAUGAAUAUAAAUCCAUUCAUAUAUUGAGGUGGUAGAAGAAUCUGAAGACCUCACAUUCAUCUUUUAUCUGCUUGAAUCUUUCACCUUUCCGAGCCAAUAAUCCGGCAUUUGGAUUCAAGGUCUCCACCUCUCUUCACUCUCGUUAUUUAUAUAUAUUUGUUAUCUACUUUUCGAAUUACUUUCCUUUUUCCGAAUCCCAAGAUGGGAUCCUCAAAAAAUAUUCUAUCCCAACAUGUCCAUGGCUGAUGAUAGAGAUUACUGGGUUUUUCUUGUAUAUGUAUAUAAUAUAUAUAUAAAUAAACAAAUACCCAACAUUUAUAAACGUGGGUUUAUCCCUGUUUAUAAGACUUCAAUUGUAAUCUCUUUUUUUCAUGGAAGUGCAAAAUUCUGAGCAUGGGCAUAUUAUUGAAGUACGAGGAAAUGUUCCAGCUGAAGACAGAAGCUUUCGUGGGAUUAAGGUGUGUGGUGAAGCGCCUUGUGGGUUUGCAGAUGCUAAAACAAGCUCUAAAGAUGCAGAGGAACGAUCAGCCUCAAUGCGCAAACUUUUGACAGCAGUUGUUCUCUGUGUCAUUUUUAUGAGUGUAGAAGUUGUUGGAGGUAUUAAAGCCAACAGUCUUGCAAUUUUGACAGACGCAGCUCACUUAUUGUCAGAUGUUGCAGCAUUUGCAAUUUCUUUGUUCUCGAUAUGGGCGUCAGGGUGGGAAGCAACUCCUCGUCAGUCUUAUGGUUUCUUUAGGAUUGAAAUACUGGGUGCUCUUGUAUCCAUUCAAAUGAUAUGGCUUCUGGCUGGAAUCCUUGUUUAUGAAGCCAUUGCUAGACUUGUUAAUGAGACUGGGGAAGUAAAGGGCUUUCUCAUGUUUGCUGUCUCUGCAUUUGGUUUAGUGGUUAAUAUUGCCAUGGCACUGUUGUUGGGUCAUGAUCAUGGACACGGGGGGCACGAUCAUGGACAUGGAGGGCAUCACCAUAGCCAUGGGGAUCAUGGCGACACACAUCACGGGAUAAGUGUGACCAGACAUCACCACCACCACCAUGGGAGUCCAUCACAUCAUGAUGAUCAUGGAGAUGAUACAACUGCACCCCUGUUUAAGAAUCACUGUGAAGAUGAAACUCAAACUGAAAGUGGAGUUAAACAUAAAAAGCAAUGGAAUGUCAACAUCCAAGGCGCUUAUCUCCAUGUGCUAGGGGAUUCCAUCCAGAGCGUUGGAGUGAUGAUUGGUGGAGCAGUUAUAUGGUAUAAACCCGAGUGGAAGAUUAUUGAUCUGAUAUGCACUCUCAUUUUCUCAGUAGUUGUGUUGGGAACGACUAUCAGGAUGCUGCGAAACAUCCUGGAGGUUCUGAUGGAGAGCACCCCUAGAGAGAUUGAUGCAACGAAACUCGAGAAAGGUCUCUGUGAGAUGGAUGAAGUCGUCGCCAUCCACGAGCUUCACAUUUGGGCUAUUACUGUUGGAAAGGUCUUGCUGGCUUGUCAUGUUAUAGUGAAGUCUGAUGCUGAUGCUGACAUGGUACUAGAUAAGGUCAUUAACUACAUAAAGAGAGAGUAUAACAUUAGCCAUGUUACAAUUCAAAUAGAACGCGAGUAGAUCUGUAGGGCUGUAUUUAGGUGAGACAGUCUUUCAAACUGGAUAUUUUACUAUGUAAUUUGAAAUAUUAUUGAAGCAGGCCUAUUGCUUUAAAUAAUAUUUAUCCCUGAUUUCUUGUGUAUCUAAUAUUUUUGGCAGAAAGCUCUUUUUCAAGUGCA